UCUCUUUUUCUUCUACCAAGUCGGCUCACUUUUGAAUUUUCAUAGAGAGAGAGAGAGUUGGAAUCUUGAAGAUGGUGAAGCUCGGCAUUAUCAUUGCUGUUCUCCUAAUGGCGGGGCUCGCGUUUGGUGAGAUUUCGCCGGCUCCGUCGCCGGAUCUAGGCGUGCACGCAGCAGAUUCGCCUCCGGUUCACGCACCGACAUCGGAAAGCGGAUCUCCGCCGUCUCCUUUCUCACCUUCCACUUCCGAGCCUCCGAUCGAGCAUUCGUCUCCGCCGGAACCGGAAUCCGAACAUUCUCCGUCUCCAGCCCCGGCGAACUCUCCGUCGAGCUCUCCGCCGAUGCCAGAGGGAUCUUCAUAUCCGUCUCCACCAUCUCCGUCUCCAGCACCAGAACCUAGCGUGGCCAGCAAUAUCACUGCGACCUCCGACGAAAAAUCCUCCGGCGGCGGAGGAAUGAGCGGCGGGAAGAAGGCCGGGAUCGUGGUGGGAGUGUUUGCGGCGGCGUGUGCGGUCGGAAUAGGCGGAGUUGUGUACAAGAAACGGCAGGACAAUAUUCGCCGAUCACGGUACGGAUACGCCGCGAGGGAACUUCUCUGAGUAGAGUGAGAGAGAGACGACGAGCGGUGGUUCUCCGCCAUGGAUCUCCGAUUCCUUUUUUUUUUUGUUAGUUCAAAUUUGAAACCACCACUGUUUUUUUAUGCUUUUUUUUUUAAUUCGUAAAAUCUUUUUAAAACUUUGAAAUUUAAAAUUACUACUGCAGCUGCUCAUCGGUUAUAGAAAUUUCAUUCUUUCUUUGUUGUUACCUGCGGCUGUGAGUGGAGAAUUUCUAUAUAAUAUAAUUACGUUUUCGCUUUUAGUUGAUCAUUGAUCAA